AUGAAUUCAAUUGCUCACAGGAUAUGGAACAGGUUCGACCUUGAGAAUGUGACAUCCUUGGCCAAUGGGUUUAUAAUGUUUCGUUUCAAAACAGAAGAUGACCUACAAAAGGUCAUUGAAAAUGGUCCUUGGAUGUUUGGCGGGAAAGCCAUUAUUCUUCAGAAAUGGCAUUCUGGGUUUGUCUUUGACAUGAACAAGAUCACCAAACUUCCAGUAUGGAUUCGGAUAUAUGAUCUACCUUUUCCUUUAUGGACAAAGGAGGGUUUAAGUGAGGUAGCCAGUAUGGUGGGCCAACCACUCUCUUGUGAUGAGUUGACACUUGGAUGUAAGCGCUUAGACUACGCGCGGUUAUGUGUGGAGGUAGAUGCAUCUCUACCAUUUGUCCACAAAUUUGAACUUGAGUUUUCCACUACUAUCAGAGAAGUUCAUGUGAACUAUGAAUGGAAGCCGAAGAGAUGUGAAAGGUGCCACGUUUUUGGUCACUCAUGCCAGCCUUCAGCUGAUAAGCAGGUUAACAGUGAUGCCUCUCCUAGUCAUCAGGAGAAAGUCAUCAGGGUAAAAGGUAAUGCCAUUACCUCCCCCGCCACAAACACAGAUGAGAUGUCCUCUGAAGACUCAGAUUCCUCAGCUGAGACAGAUACAGAUUCCUCAGACGAGACAGACACAGAUGAGUCAGCCUCUGAUUCCUCAGCUGAGAGUCAGCUGAAGCCAUCUGAUCUUGGUGAUGUUAAAUCGAUAACUCCUCCACUGUCCACAAACGACCAUGUUAGGACAUCACCACUAGAAUUGCAUGUGUGCACUACUAGUAAGCAAAUGUCUUUGCCAUCAUCUUCUGAAACCAGUUCUUCAUCUAGGGUACCUACCACAUAUUUACCUAAGAUGACACCAUCUCGAGCACUUCCUCCAGAAUCUCUAUCUGCUGCACAAUCUGUUGGAUGUGAUGACACUGGAUUUACACUGUUACUAGGAGGAAAAAGAAGAAGGAUAUCCCCGAGAUGA